AUGAUUGCAUUGCAUGUCUACUUUACUCACAACACAGUUUUCGUUUUGAAGAAAUCGUCGAAGCCUCGAACGGUGAUCUUCACCCAAGGUGCCGACCCAGUAAUCGUGGCCAUUGGUUCCAAACUGACCUUGUAUCCUGUACCAACCGUUCCUAAAGAAAACAUUGUCGACACAAACGGAGCUGGUGACGCCUUUGUGGGAGGUUUUCUCGCCCAAUAUAUCCAGAACAAAAGCAUUGAGGAAGCCGUGAAUUGUGGCAAUUACGCAGCUGGUGAGAUUAUCCAAAAGCACGGAUGCACUGUGCCGUCCGUCUGCAAGUAUCACUAA